UGAGAGACGCGCGCCGUCGUAGUAUCGCGUCUUUAUUCAUAGAACUAGGAUAUUUACUACACAUCCAAAUAGAAAGGUAACCUAAAUGGGCUUUAAUUGACAUAUGCACAGCCAGAUUGCGCAAAUGCACCACUGGAGCCAAACCCAGCUGCUAUGCAGUCUGAGCGCGCAUCCGUUCCUCUGAGGACCGAACCAUGCGCUUCACCCUUCAGACGGUAAACACACACGGUUGUGCAUCAAUGUGUCUUCUUUAAGGCAAAAGCGACUCUUUUCUAAAGGAUGGGGUACUCAGACCCGACAGCUAGUCGAGAUUUGUUAGGAAACAGAUCGCUUUGUUUUAUUUUUAUAUGCGCUUUUGGACUGGUCACGUUACUGCAGCAAAUCCUCUAUGGCAAAAACUAUAUUAAAAGUGGGCAACAGUUUUCCCGCCUCAAAGGAGAGGAGGUGGGCAACUGGAGCGGGCUCAUUAGUUACCCCGAUGAUGGAGGGAUGAAGCCGGCAAGAAAUGGGAGGAAAAGAUGUGUCCGUCAGAAUUUUCAGCACUCCGAGGCUCAGAGCUACGUAGUUAUCACACCCUGCCUAGCCGAUAUUCAGAGGAAAAAAAAAGAAAAGAGAAGGUAUCUUGAACGCUCCGAUGGUUCUUUGGAGUUCAAUUCCACUUCCUGCAAGGAACUACGGCAGGAAAUCACAGAUGUGAAAGUAUUGACGAUGGUGAAGACAUCAGAAUUGUUUGAAAGAUGGAGGAACCUACAGGUGUGUAAGUGGGACCAAAACAAGGAGGAGACAGACAACUUUAAGAUGUCUCUGUCACGUUGCUGCAAUGCCCCCUCCUUCCUGUUUACCACGAAGAGAAACACACCCUUAGGGACUAAACUGCGAUAUGAGGUUGAUACAAGUGGAAUCUUACACAUCAGCCCUGAGAUUUUUAAAAUGUUCCCCAAUGAUAUGCCCUAUUCCAAAUCCCAGUUCAAGAAAUGUGCUGUGAUCGGGAACGGAGGUAUCAUCAAAAACAGUAAAUGUGGACGAGAGAUCGAUGCAGCUGACUUUGUCUUCCGAUGUAAUAUUCCUCCCAUCUCAGAUAUGUACAGUGAAGAUGUGGGAUCUAAGACUGAUCUUGUAACCAUCAAUCCCAGCAUUAUUACUGAGAGGUUUCAAAAGUUGGAGAAAUGGAGGAAGCCAUUUUAUGAAGUUCUCCAGAAUUACGAGAACUCAUCUGUGGUUUUACCCGCAUUCUAUAACACACGAAACACGGAUGUGUCAUUCCGUGUCAAAUACAUGCUCGAUGACUUUGAGUCCACACGUGGCGUGUACUUCUUCCACCCCCAGUACCUGCUGAACGUACAACGUUUCUGGGCCUUGCAGGGCGUGCGCGCCAAACGACUCAGCAGCGGUCUGAUGCUGGUUACAGCAGCGAUGGAAUUAUGUGAAGAAGUGCAUCUGUACGGCUUCUGGGCGUUUCCCAUGACUCCUUCGGGAAUCUUCAUAAUGCACCAUUACUAUGACAACGUCAAGCCCCGCCCUGGAUUCCACGCCAUGCCAUAUGAGAUCUUUAAUUUUAUGCACAUGCACGCUCGCGGCAUCGUGCACGUGCACACGGGCCCCUGCAGGUGAAAUGCCGAAGCAUAGGUGCCGAUCUUUGACCUGCAAUCCGAUUAGUCUGUUCUAUAGAGCUUCCACCAUCUACUGCCACUGUGGAUCUUGGACGUUACACGUGUGUGUGAGCACGUGCAAAUCACUGCCUUAAAGGCUGGAUGUUUGAAUACUAUGUGUAUUUACAAUAUUGUGUCAGGGCAGUUGCAAAACGGUACUUGUUUGCUGUUUGGUGAUUUUCUGUAAUGGUGUCGUAUUUGUGUAUCAAAUCAGAUAUCAGAUAUUUCAAACAAUUUGAGAGGUCUUUAUAACACCUGUCCUAACGAGGUGACACACAAUAAAGCGAUAAAUCUUAUCUCUUCCAUGUAAAACUGAGUUUGUUGCAACCAGCCAUAACUGCGACGAGACAUUUUGUUGAUUGUUUGGUUUCAAUUUCCGUGGCGUUGCAAUGGGUAGCCACACCCAUAGUGAAAUCUUAAAAGUCCGCUCCAACGCAAAUAUGUUCUAAUUGGCUGCGAUUGUGUUGGGUGUACUUUGUAAUCUGAUUACAAAGUAAAUAGUGACUGUAAUCCAAUUACUUCACAAGUCAAAAAGUAGUGUAUUCUUGUAAUCAGAUUACAGUUACUGACUUUCAGUGAACUUAAUUACUACUAAGUACAAUACUUGGGUUACACAUAUCUCUAAAAUAAUAUUAUAAGUUUAGAACACAUUUAAUACAUUAAUUAUGUUCAUAUGUAUGUCUGUUUGUGUUUCUGUGACAGCUGAAGGGGCAACAACUAUGAACAAGGAGGAAAUACAGAUAUUUUUUUUAAUUUAUUGAGCGAGAAAAACAACCAUUCUGUGAAAAGUGUUUCAGAAAGUAAAUUAGUAAUGUGAUUACUGUUUCAACAAAGUAAUCAGUAAAGUAAUCUUAUUACAAACCAGGAAAAGUACUUAGUAAUUUGUAGUGGAUUACUAUUUUUGAGUAACUUACCCAACACUGGUGGCAUAAUGUGGAAUUUCACUUUUUCUGUGUGUGCAGAAAAAAAAAGGCUGAAAAUGUGUUACGUCACGCCUGGUUAUGACACUGUAUUAGGCUUUAUAGCUUCUUAUAACAGUCAUAACAAAGUUUUAAAGACAAGAGUAACAUUCAUUAAUAACCACAACAGUGCAUAAAAGUAUACUGAGGCUUGACAUGAGGUUGAACAUCCAUCUGAUCGGUUAAAACAUUUAUGUGUAAUGGUAAAUGCUUGUUCAUGUUUAAUGCACAUGUACUGAAGUCAUGUAUCAUUAUUUAAAAAGGAAGUAAAGCUUUGUGUUGUAAUCCAAUCAAGCACAAUUGUUUAUGUUGAGGAAUAUUUUGACAGUCUAUUGGUCUUCUCUCUCACAUACAACAUACAGACCAACUCACAUACACACAUCAGUUUGUGUACACUAUAUGUGACUGAGAUUUUAGUGUCUUGUAAAUCAUCUGAUCAUGUUUCUAUAAUGCUGAAACUUUAUAUACACUUCAAUAUUCAGGUUGCUUGUAUAUGAUUUUGUGAUAACAGUUUGACCUUAUCACAUUACAAAGAAAUUGACUUUUUAAAAUCAAUUGAGAUCCUGAUUAAAGCAGACAUCAGGAGAACGAUCUAUCUAUCUAUCUAUCGUUCUAUCUAUCGUUCUAUCUAUCUAUCUAUCAUUCUAUCUAUCUAUCUAUCUAUCAUUCUAUCUAUCUUUCUAUCUAUCUGUCUAUCUAUCUAUCUAUCGUUCUAUCGUUCUAUCUAAUUAAUACAGAAUGGUGCAGUGAUGUUUUAUUUUUACUUAAAGAACUUCUAGAACUUACUCUGUUGAGUUGGUGAAACAUGCAAUGCUGCAAUAGAAUCAGAAUUUAAAUAGAAUCAUAUAAUAUUCUAUCUAGAACCUUCUUUCCUAAUUCUGGAACUCUGGAAUGGAACAUCUAUGAUGAUCUCACAGACUUUACAAAUGCUUUUAAGACAAUUCCUUUUUUGUCUGUUUGUGUUUUCCUCAAACUCCCAAAAAUGUCUGGGAUGUAUUACAGCACUGUUCACCAUUAGUAAGUUAAAGGAGCAUUCCACAAAAUGUUGACAUUUUUUAAAUCUAAAAAAGAGACUGAAUGAACUAAAAACAAAAAUAUUAUAUGAAGAAUGCUCUAGGACUCUGCUUAAUUGGCCUGUGUGCAUUGCUGACUGUCUUUAUAUCUUUAUGUAAAUAUGUAAAUAAAAUCAUUUGUAAUUA